AUGAUUCGUAAAAGAAAAUCAAAGGUGGAGGAAAAUGAACAGGUCGAGGUGGGCAACGAGCAGGAGUUAAUGGAAGGACAGUGUGUGUUCACCAAGAAGGAUUCGGCUAUGAAAAGUGUAGGGGAGAUAAACGAGACGGGGGAGGAAGUCAACUAUACGCAGGUAAAAGAUUCACGAACAUUAGACAUGAUGACGUAUGCCUCCUCCCACAAGGGCAGCGCUCAUCUUAGAGAAAACAAAAGUAGCGUUAGAAACUGUGAUGAAAUGAAAAGAGGGGCAAAUUCCACACAUGAGGAAAUUCCAGACAGGGAAGAAAUUAUCGGACGUUCAAUUACAAUGGAACAAUUAAAUUACGAACCCUCCCCAAGUAUGAACAGAUCGAAGACUCACAAAAAUGAGGAAGUCAAAUUUAAAGGCAUCGACGAAUUGUGCAAUAAAUAUGAUAAGGAGGUAAAAAAUUUGCUAGAAAAUUUCGAUCACCUCAGUUUUUCUUGUGUCAGAAUUUUUUACUACUCUGGAUUCUCCCUUCUGCCAUAUUUAGGAUGGGUCAUAGCUUCAAUUUUCGGAUCCUUCUGCAAAGAAAGAAACAAUAAAAAUAUCUCAUCGUUACGAAUUAUCAGCUCCAUCCAGUGUGCCUUCUUCGGGUUGAUGAUUGUGCUAAUAAUGGCAGUUAUUAACAUGAACAGCCGAAGCGCGCUGCAGUGCAAAUAUGACGGAAUAUCAAUUAAAAAAAGUAACAAACUAGAAAGAAAAACGAGAUAUGAUAACUUAAAGAAAAAAAAAAAACCAAAAACAGUUUUCGCACUGCUUGUUUUACCUUAGAUGACGUUGCGCUUAUUACACUCUGGAUUAUACCCCCCCCAAUACACACCGCAAAACAUCGUAGUCGCGGAGGACCUGCAGUUCAAUGUCUACACCAUUAGCUACCCGAAUAUUAAGAAUAGACUAAUCAAAAGAAAGCGCCAUGUGUUUUUGAAGGACGCCUUAGCAUGUGCAAAGUUGAAACGUUCCCGUGUUAUCCUGUUUUCCUUUCAAAUAGAAAGCGCCGUAAAUUUCACCAUUCCGUUUCUUGAGAGAAGCGAAGUUCUCGGGUUUUUGAGCUACUCCAAAAAGUACCCCAAAAAGGUCAGCCGGGCUCCCAUGCUAGAGAACCAAGGACAGGAAAACAUAAUUUAUUUCACCCCCGCUGAAAAGAAUUUAUAUGACAUUUACAUCUCCCUAAGAUUGAGGAUGUGCAAAAAUGAGCAAAAGAAAUACUACAACAUUUUGCACAUAAUACAUCACAGCUUCAAUAAGUACCGGAUUAGAUGCGCGCAAAAUUUAGCAGAAGACUACAGCAUAACUGUGCAUAACUUUAACUUCAACACCAUUGGGGUGGAGGACAAGGGAGAAAAAUACGAAGAUGACGAUUUCAAGGAAGUGAUUGACGACUUUUAUCAGUACUUGGCAUUCGUCCGAGAUAUCAUUUCACAGAAGAACUUGGAAUUUUACAGGAAAAUGCUCUGCAAAAAUACGAUGUGCGAUUCGAAGGGGUCAGUAUGUGUACUUUGA